GAGAACGUUAAAAUUGUGCUCAACCAACCGCAAGAAAAGUUUUAUGGACUGCUGGGGGGUGUUGACAAUCCCAGCAUCAUCAGCGUUCCGUAUGGUCUGGCAAAAAUAUUGCAAUGGGGAAGGAUCCACCGAAGGAGGAGCAUGAUUCUUCUGAUGAUUACGAUUACAUCAGCUUGCAGAACGAGUUUCUGGCGCCGAGUCAAGCGUGUCAAACACUAAAAACAAAUCAAAAAUCGACACGUGGCAGAACACAACAAACAGUGUGUGAGGAGCAACCUAAGUUCCUGAAAAAGCAACAAGAUUAUACGGAUGUAUUGAAAGCAAACCAAGAAGAGCGACACCAAAAAGAAAUGGAGCUGUUGGUUCUGAAAAAGGAAAUUGCUGUCCUGAAAAUCAAAAAACUCAAAGAGAACAUGGUCAUCUGA